AUGAAAAUUAUUAUAAAAACAAAAAACAUCAAACAAUUUCUUUCAGAAUUACCAUAUCAUGGGGGAAUCACAGCAACAGGCGCUGCUCUCACUUUAACUAUAAAAGCCUUAGAAAAGCGACGGCCUAGCAAAAGAACACUUGUUAUUUUGUUUACUGAUGGAUUUACUUAUGACGAUUGGGAAGAACAAAGCCGUACAUUAUUAUCUAAAGGUGUUGAAGUUAUUGUGGCAGGAGAUGCUCAAAGCUAUUUGCGACCAGUGCUGGACAAAAUCGCUGGUGAUCCAUCAAAAGUUCUGCUUGGUCAAGAGAAUAAACCUAAAGUUUUGGAUUAUCUUCGAUGUAGAUGAAAACUCUUGAAGUAAAUACUGUUGAUGCUGUUAAUGCUAACUAUAUUUAGAACAAGAAUCGUGCCACUAUAUCUACGUAAUGUGACAUUAUAUCCCAAUAUCGUUAAAGGCACGGUUAAAUGUACAUACUAUAUUUUCUCAUUCUUUUGUAUUUUGUGUGAUAAAAACUUAAAUGUUAUGAAUAUCGAACAGUGUUUUUUUCUUGAU